AAAACUGUAAUGUACUGCAUCUAUGUUUGUUUACAACUACAGGAUCAAGAAUUACCAUUGGAUCUAUCAAUGAGAAGCAGUCUUAGUAGUACAUCAACCUCUGAAAGCGUAACAACAAAGUUUCUUUUCCCUGGUCGCAAGGCUCCUCGUCUCUCCAGUUCAAGUCAACAUUCACUAUCAUUUGAAUUAGAACAAGGAACAAGAAGACCUUUUGAGCAGGUUGGACCAGUGCUGGAGGGGAAAACCUCAGAGCAAGGGUUCACUUGCCCAUUGUGUAAUCAGAUGUUUGGGAUUCAUGACAGGCUUGCUAAACAUAUGGCAUCCAGGCAUAAGUCUCGAUCCACUGAUUCCUCUAGUAAGGCAUAUCCCUGUGAUGUUUGCAAACGUAGUUUUGCCCGCAGUGAUAUGUUGACACGACACAUGAGGCUUCACACUGGGAUAAAACCAUAUACUUGCAGGGUGUGUGGUCAGGUGUUCAGCAGGUCUGAUCAUUUAUCCACACACCAAAGAACACACACCGGAGAGAAACCUUACCGAUGUCCGAGUUGUCCUUACUCAGCCUGCAGAAGAGAUAUGAUUACGAGGCAUUUGAGAACACACUCAAGAUACGAACACCAAGAUUCAUCAUCAAUAGAGGAUACAAAACCAGUUUUUAGGUAAACAAAAACCGGUUCUCAGGUAAACACAAAACCAGUUCUCAAUAUCGGUAUACAGUUAAGAAUAUAAAUAUACCUAUAUAUGUACAUGAAAGUAUAGUGCAGAAAAUGAUGUGACAGGGUGUCUUAAGCAGAC